AUGUCAAAUUAUAGCUCUAUGAAGUUGGAGUUUGUUGCGCUCAAGUGGGCCAUGACGGAGAAAUUCCGUGAAUAUCUGUUGGGUAAUAAGUGUGUGGUAUUCACAAAUAAUAAUCACCUUAGCCAUCUGACCUCUGUAAAGUUGGGGGCGACUGAGCAGCGUUGGGCUUCUCAGCUGGUGGCUUUCGAUUUUGAGAUCAAGUAUCGCUCUGGUAAGAGUAAUAGAAAUGCAGGCGCGCUGUCACGGAGGGAUCCCCUGGAACCUGGUGGAUUGGAUGGGUUGACCCCCGGUACUGCAAUUCCUGAGUCUCUGCGGUCAUUAGCUGGGGUAGAUUCUGGGGGUAUAGCGACCCAGUGUAUGGUCUCUACACUUCCUGGUUAUUCGGCUGGUGACUUGCGUUCUUUGCAGGCAGCUGAUCCAGUUAUUUGGGAAGUGUUGCGAUUUUGGAGACAAGGAAAUCGCCCAGGACCUAAUGAGCGGCGCCAAAUGACUAAGGCAGCCUUAACCUUGGUUUUGCCUGCUGCCUUGAGACCAGAGGUGUUAAGGCAGUUGCAUCAGCAACAUGGACACCAGGGCAGGGAGCGCACCAUGGAGUUAGUGCAACAGAGGUGUUAUUGGCCGGGUUUGUCCUCGGAUGUGGGAAGUUGGUGUCACGAGUGUGACCGGUGCCAGGCAGCCAAAGACACCCAGCCACUGGCUCAGGCUUUUAUGGGGCGGUUAAUGUCAUCUAGGCCAAAUGACAUCUUGGCAGUGGACUUCACAGUGUUAAAAUUUUCAGUAAGUAUACCCUUGCUGUUCCAACGAGGGAUCAGCAAGCGGAGACGGUGGCACAAGCCCUGGUGA